AAAAGAUCCGGGGCGCGUCACUAUUAUAUCACCCAUCCCGAGAGCCGUACUGUCCCCAUCCAUCAUCCCCUUGCCCAAUCCACAGCGCGAGAGUGAGGAGCUACAGAGCUAGUGCGAGCCUGGGUGAAGCAGAGCACGCCAAGAACAAGAGAAGCUGAUGGCGGUGGUGAGCGGCAACGGCGGCAGGCUGAACCCGUUGGCGGAGCCGUUCGUGCCUUACGGGGUGCGGUACCGCGGCCUGCAGACGGCGGCGGAGGCGGCGGAGCAGGAGGUGGAGGACUUCUCCCCCGAGUGGUGGCGCCUGGUCGCCGCCUCCCCGGCCUUCCGCGACCGCUGGCUCCGCGACUACGGCGCGCUCGGCCUGCUCGACGCGGACGAGGACGCGGAGGUCGUCGACAGCUUCCUCCCCGAGGAGCUCUUCUCCCCUCCGCCGCCGCGCCAAGAGAGCGCGCGGGAGGAAGGCGCGGCCGGCAAGAGGGGCGGCGGCGGGGGGCUUGAGGUGGCAGCGUGGGGGAUCGACAAGUGGUGGCGCGCGCACGGCGGCCCGCCGGAGGCCCCGAGGUACGCGGAGAAGGCGCCGCGGAGGGUGGCCAGCGGCGCCAGGGUGAGCCCCCGGCCCAUCCAGCAGCCGCGCUGAAGCGCCGAUCCAGCUCCAUCCACAGUCAGUUGCCAGAUCUUGGCGCAGGGAAAUAGGCAAAAGAUUAAAAAAAAAAGUUUCCAAUCUUUGCUUUGCUCUUGGUCUUGCGUUGUUUUGGUUCGGCUCGAGAUGAUUCACUGCGUUGUACUCCUCCCUGUGGUGUGAAUAAUCAUGAUGUAAUAACAUGCAGUGAGACUCCAGCUUUCAGUUGCA